CUUACUUUUGAAACAAACCAAAAACACUACUCCGCCGUCCGCCAUCAAUCACCUUUAGCAGAAGAAGGAGGAAAAGCAGCAGCAGCAGAAGAAGAAGAAACCCCCUAGAACAGUUGCACAAAGGGGUAACGUGCGUGAGGCGCGCGUACUACUGCGUGAGCAAGCGUAAGGUCGAGGAGUUCCCAGGAGCACAAUCAACCCAGGCGCCAGAAGACACAGAGAGCGAGAGAGAGAGAUAAAGAGAGAGAGAGAGAGAGACAGAGCGAUAGAGUGAGAGAAAGAGCGCGCGUGUGCGUGAUACAGCGAUCAAAAAAUCGUCGGCGUUAUCACAGAAUAACCACAGAUUCAUCCCCCAUCCCCCCUCAACGGGCAGCAGCAACAGCAGCAGGAAGAAAAAGAAGGCAAGGAGCAAACAGACGGGACGCGCGCGCAUCGCACACAAAGCUCGACAAGCGGCGAGUCUUAGGCAGCGAAGCACUUGGCAGCAACUAGCUGGCGGACGGUGAAUCCAGGAUGAUUAUCAGGAGUUCGAGCCUGCCCGGGCUCGACAUCGGCACGAUGGUGCUCCUCGUGCUAGCCCUGGCGCUGACGACCAUCAUUCCGACCACCAACGGAGCCCCUAUGUACGAGAGCGAUCAGACCGAGCUGGAAACGUAUGGUGAAUCGACCGGAUGCUACUACAACUACAACCACUACGGCGAGGGCGACCGCAUCAUGACGAACGAACCGUGCCUGAACUGUACGUGCCACGAUCGCAUGCUGAUGUGCUAUCUGCGCGUGUGCCCGUUCACCAAGGCCAUCGGGCAGGACUGCACGAUCGAGAAGCGCGAGGACCAGUGCUGCCCGGUCAUCACCUGCCCGGAGGUCGAGGUGCAGCUGGUCGAUCACCAGACGACGGCCAACCCCGACUCGACCGCGCUCGGUGCGGCCGGUGACACGCAGAUCGGUGCCCUCGACCAGUACGGCUGCUCGAUCCAUGGACGCUACUAUCCGGAAGGUGCACAGGUCCCGUCGAACCCGCAGAAGCCGUGCGAACUGUGCUACUGCAUCCGCAACAUGACGACGUGCGUGAUGCAAGAGUGUACGCUGCAUAUCGAUGGCUGCGAGCCGAUCUACAACAAGGGUGUCUGCUGUCCCGUGCGAUACGACUGCGAUCACGACAAGGAUACGACGCUCGUGUUGGAGGACGAAAGUACGACCACGGUUCGGCCGACGCCCGGUUUCAUCCUUACCACGACGAUGGCACCGAGCACCGACGAGUCGUCGGAUUGCGUGCACAACGGUGAGACGUACGCCGAGGGUGCGCUGAUCAUGACGGAUAAACCGUGCGAACACUGCUACUGCAUGCGUGGCAAGAUCGUAUGCGCGGUGCAGGAGUGCGGUACACCGCUGGAGAACGAGAACAAGAACUGUACGGCCUUGCCACCGGCAGCCGGCCAGUGCUGCCCGGACAAGUACAUCUGUGAUGGUGGUGCCCUGGAUCAGCUGGCGGCGACUGCGACGACUGGUCUUCCACCGACCACGGCUGUAGCGCACGACGACAACAUCGAGGAGGAGGAGAAGGAGGACGAGGAGCAGCAGCAGCACCUCAAGCCAGAACAGGAUCCAGUCCACGAGCUCGACGGCGAAAAGUCAACGGAGUCAACCUCGGUGAAGCCAACGUUCGAGAACGAUGACGAUGGCGAGGAGCAGCAGAGCGUACAGGAACCGGAAGCACCGGUGUCGUUCGACACCACCACCACCACCACCACCACCACCAAGCGCCCAGUGCACAACGAACAAGACGAGCCGGUAAAGGACGAGAAAGAGCAAGAGCAGGACGAAGAAGAGGAGCAGCAGCAGCAGCAGCACGUUGUGCCCCAGUUCGAAGACGCUCAAGAUCACGAUGAUGAUUCCGAUGAGCAGGAGCAGGCGACGGAGAAGCAGCAGGUUGUCGACGCUGCAGCAGAUCAUCUGACGACGACGGAGCGUACGGCGGAUGAGCAGACGGAACCGGAACGGGAUGAUCAGCAGCAGCAGCAGCACGAUGACCGUAGCAGCACCACGGUUGCACCGGCCGACGAAGAGGUACAACGAGUCUCGACGACUGUGCGCUCCGUAUCGAGUGAUGAUGUUCCGACCACGGCGACGUCCGCUGACGUCAGCGAGCAGGCGACUCCGGAACAGGAUGCUCCGACCGACGAGGAACACGUGGCUGUGCAUCAGGAUGAGACUGUGAGCGACGCUGACGAGAAGGAGGAGCAGCAAACGACAAAAUCGAAGGUAGAGACCGAGGCUCACGACGCACCGACUACGGCUGCCGCACCGACCAGCGGCGACGACGACGUUCAGGAGCACGAUGAGACGCACGUGCCAGAGAUUGAUGACGAUGUCGAGUUCACGGAUGCGCAGAAGGGAUCCUUCGACGAUGCGGAGCAAACCGAAGAGACACCGAAGGCCACCACCGCCACCGCGGCAGACGCAGAGCCGCAUGAGGACGGUGAGCAGGUGACGACGGCGCAACCGCAACUGACGGCCGAUGAUCAGGAAAAUGAAAUCGACGAUCAGCAUCAACAGAGCCUUAAACCGGAACACCACCAACCGGAGCGCGAUGAUGAGACUGCGGCCGCAACGACGACAGUGCGCCCACAGCACCAGGACGAGGAGCAACAGGAACAGCACACGACAAACGCACCAAUCGAGCAGCCAGCAACAACGACAGAGAGCCGACCGAAGGAGGCAGCCAACAAGGCGGACGAUCAACCGGACAAGGAGCAGGACUUUGUGGAGCUACCACCGGCCGUUGUAGUGACGGAGCUGCCACCGGUACCGUCGUCCGUGCCGUCAGAUGACACGACACUCCAGACCAGCACCGGAACCACGCCAGAACCACCAGCAGACGAGAUCGUCUCGAGCGUACCACUGGAGGUUGAUUCGCAUGUGCUGGACGAGACAACGCCAGCCUCGUCCUCGACGACAACGACAAUCCGCACGCCCGAGUUCGGUGAUCGUAAGGAGGAUGACGCCUCGGUGCCGCACGUCGAUCUAGACGAACCGGUUGAAAUGAACACAGUCAUACCGCUGGAUGAUACCGAGGAGGAGCAGGAGGAGGUGGUACACCAGCAGGAGCAGCAACACGGGGCGCCAGCUCACGAACCGACCGAGCAGGACGAGGACGAGGAUGCUGGCGGUGAGGAGCAGGUGGAAACGCAACCGGAUCGACUGUUCCCGGAGGCCAUCCCCGGUGAGGGUGACUGUCUGAUCGAGGGUACGACGUACGGUAACGGCGAGCCGGUACCACCGACCGGCAAGUGUCAGGUGGCGUGCCGCUGCACCAACAGUAUCGUCCACUGCGAGAUGGUCAAGUGUGAGGCUGCACCGAGUGACGACUGUACGCCGAAGGCGACGCUCCCCGGUGAGUGCUGUCCAGGGUACAGCUGCCCAGCGAAGGUUCCAGUCCCGACGACGACGUCGACGACGACGACACCCAGUGUCAGCAGCCCGACGACGGUGAUCUCCGAGGAGAAGGAUGAAACGGCCGAAACUACCGACGAGACGGGUGAGGAGGAGGUGGAAGAGGACGAGCAGGACAAGGACUCGUCGGCCGCCGCUAACGAUGUGACCACGGAGAGCGAUGAAGCCGGUUCGACGUCGACGUCGUCGUCGUCGUCCGCUGCAAGCAAUGCGGCCACCAGUAGCUCGACCGAAGCGAUCUCGGCAACGACGGCGGAGGAGGAGAAGGAGGAUGACGCGGAUAGUGAUGCGUCGGAGCAGGAACAGCAUCGACCAGAGAGCGAUUCCGGCAGCUGGGACGACGUGGAUGACGACGAGGUGUUGACGAAGCCAGCGCACCCACAGAAACCGGCGUUUGACGAACAGCACGAACAGAACAUCAACUUGUUUGCCGGCCACCGACCAACGACACCGCAGUACGAUGAGGAGGAGAUCAUCCUCAGUACGACCUCAGCACCAGCUUCACCGACAGCCCACACGACUGAAGUGAUCCGUGAGGAGGACAAUGAAGUAAAGGAGCAAGACGAGGCGAGUGAGGAAGUGGAAGAGGAACAGAGCAAACCGACGGUAUCGCCCAUCGCGGCCGUGCCAGAGCAGGAUGAGUCGUUCACUAGCGCCACUGCCGCAGCCGCCACCGAGCCCACGUCCACACAGAAGUACGAUGAGCAACCGAGUGCCACCGACAAACAGCAGACGAUCGUUGAGGCCGAUGAAGCUGAUGAGGAGUUGGCCGAGCCGACCGAAGCCGACCAUGAGUCACACCAGACCACACCAGGCGCGAGCAGCGAGCAGGAGAAGGAUCGUACAACGGCACCGACUACCACAGCACCGGUGGCAGCCACGACAAAUACAAACGCUGACGUCACAGUCGGUGUGAUCGCCGAUGAGGAGGAGCAGGAGCCGCUCGAAGACCAAAAGCCAGUGAAGGAGCAGGAUGUGACGACGGUGCGCACGAUCGAACAGGACGAGCACGAGCCUGAGGUGCAGGUGAGCUUCACCGGGGCUCCGGAUAUCAGCGCCGACGAGACUCCGACCACUACGCGUUCGGUACCGGCUCAGGACGAGGAUAAGGAGGACCAGGAGAACGCUGAUGAGGAACAGCAGGUACCAACGACGGUACGUGCGACAUUCCAGGAGUCCGAUGAGCAGGUAACGCAGCGAUUGGCCGAGACCGGCAGCACAUCAACGCUAGCGACACCACAGCGACCAGCCGAAACCACCGACGCACCGAUUCAGGAUGAGGACGAGAACCGGGACCGUGACGAGCAGACGAACCAGAUCGUACCAGCGGAGGUGGAGCAGGAUCAACCGGAGGAGCAGGAUGAGUCGACUACGGAACCGCAGCAGCAGCAGGCACUCUAUACGAAGAAGCCAGUCGCCACGGUCGCUUCGAUGACGACGGUGGUAGACCAGGAGCAGGACCAGGAGCAGGAACAGCUGUACGAUCACGGUGAGCCGCACAUUACGACGAGCGCACCAUCGAGCGCCACCAACGAGAAGACCGAAGAGCCGAACGUACCGAACGUUACCGAGCGCGAUGAGAGCGCGGUAACGAUGACGCCGGAGCGCCACACCACGGAAGCGAUUGUCACCUCGGAGCCAGCGGUCAACAGCAACGAACCGGCAGCAACGACUGCCGUUCCGGUGAGCGACGAUGCCCAUGACGAUGACGUCGAGAACGCGGACGAUGAAGGCCAACAGGCCGGACCUGUACGCAAAACAGACGCACCGGAACUGGAGCAGGAGCAUCAGAAGACCACGGUUCCGGUAGAGAGCACGAGCACUGCGGCACCAGCGACGACUACAACAACGACGGUAGCGGCCACCGCUGCCGAUGGUUCGAUUGGAUUCCGUGGCGAUGAGAAUGAGGAGCAGGAGAAGCCCAUUGUGCGACCGGCUGUGCAGGAUGACCAGAUUGUCCAGGAACCGAAACCGAAACCGGCAGCGGAACAGGAACAGGAGCAGGAACAGGAGCAAGGGCUCUGGGAUCCGGUGCUGGACACGGACGAUGACAAUCUGAUCAACGCGAUCGCUGGGCUGCCGGAGAAGGACCACACCAUCCACUUCCCGGUCGACGAUUAUGCCGAUGCUGACGAGCCGAUCGUGAAACCGACGGUCGAUGAGGUGACCGAGAAGGAAGAGCGACCAGCUGCCGUUCCGAUCCCGAUGCCAACAGACGCCACGCCCCAGGGUACGGUCAGUCCGAUCGAGUCCGACAAUCAGGUGAAGCAGGAUGCCGAAGAGCAGGAGCAGCAGACCUCGACCACUCGCACCGAGACGGUACCGACGACAACAACGACGACAACGACCACCACCACCACCACCACCACCACGACAACCGGUGCUAAGGUGCAGGACGAUGCAUCGAUCGAUGUCGAUGACGUUUCGAGCAACGAAAUCGAGGCUGACGUCCAGGAGGUGACUCCGGCUGUUCCGGAGGUGACCAAGCCGGUCGUGAAGCCAACGAUCGAAGAGGCCAAACCGAAACCGGCACCAUUCCCGGUGGAUGAUGAAAUCGAAACGGAAACGACUGCGGCACCGGCCAUGAAGGAGCAGGACGAGAAGGUAGAGCAAGCAUCGGUGACACCGAUAACGGAAGUGCCGAGCACCGAACCCACGAAGACGUUCGCCCAAGAACAGGAUGCGAUUUCGGAGGAGCUACUGCCAGCGGUCACUACCGGUGCACCGAGCAGCGAGCAGGACGAACCAGAGCGCGAAUCCGAUGAGCCUCAGGUUCAGCCAGAGUCCGAUGAAGUGACGACCACGGUCCGCGGAGUAGUGACAGCAGCGGAUGAGCAGGUGACGACCACGGUCGCUCCGGCAGCGGAUGAGCAGGAACCGAUCGAAACCCAUGUAGCGACGGCCGAUCAGACGUCAACCGGUGAUGAGCCGAACAAGGAACAGGACCGUGAGGACGUUGCCGUCGCCACUACGCCUGUCGCGGACGAGCCAGAACCAGAGCGUGACGUCACGGAGGCAACGCAAACCCGAGGUGGCGAGGAACAGAGCACCACCGAGGCGGCGGCCAUUAGCGAUGACAAGGACGACAAACCCACCUUCCCCGCCGAGGCGGACGAAACCGAACAGCAGAAGGGAGAUGAUGAUGAGAAGGAGGAGGAGGCACCAAUCCGUACGACUGUUGCACCGGUGAAGAAGGAGGAGGACGAGCUGGCUACCACCAAGGUACCGCUCGCUCACGCCGACUCUACUGAUGACGAGGACGAGGACAAGCAUGAGGAUGAUGCCACGAUUGACGAUACCGAGGAUGACGUCAGUGUGCCGGUGACUACCACGAAGCCGUCGGUCGCCCAUGACGCUGACGCGGAGGAAGCGGAGGAAGGUACGACGACGGUCGCUCCGUCGUUCAGCGUGCCACAGGAUGAGGUGCAGGGUGCAGUGGAACCGAAACCGGAGGUCGAGGCAGAUGCGCCAGUCGCACCAUCGGCACCAGCCACCACCACCACCACCACCACCACGGAGCGUGACUCGGAAGUGACCGUGCAGGCUGUGACGGAUGAGCAUGUGGCCGAUCUGGCGGCGACGACCAGCGUGGCGCCAGCUGCCGACGCUGAAGUGCAGGAACAGGAGAAGUUCGAUGAGGCGGAAGAAUCGGAAGAAUCGGAACCAGCACAACGCCCGACUACGAUUGCUCCGGCACAACACACGGAGGAUGAGAAGCCGGCAACGGCGAGCGCCCAGGAUCAGGAAUCGACGACAUUCGCUGCGGUUCAUCAUGAUGACGUCGAGGAGGAGGAGAACGAUGAUGAUAAGGAGGAGGAAGUCGUGGGAUCCGCUGGUGAGACGAGCACUCCAGUCGCUCCGGUGGUCGCAGCCGAAAACGACAAGCCGAUCGAUAGCGAGGAGCAGCACACCGUGGCUCACGACGGCACGACGAUCGAGCCGGAAAGUGAAGAGGCCGCCGCUCUGCCAGGUACGACGAUUGCACCACCGACCAAGGCGCAAGCACCGGCCGAGAUUGCUGACCAUUCGGAGCAGGACCAUCCGUCG